AUGAGCAGCUAUCAGAACGGCGUGGCGCCUGCUCGCGCCAUCGAGGACGAUUCGGAUGUCGAGGAGGAGGCCCUCGUCGCUGACUACAAGGAGCAAGUCCAAUAUGAAGGCGUGGAUGAGCUGGACCAGGCUGCUCUUGCCCAGCAGGCCGACGACCUCCAGGCCCAGCUAGUCGCGGCUGCUCAGCCGCUCGACUUCCAGGCUAGCCUCGAGACCAAGUUCCGGAGCUACGACAACUACUGCGGCCUGUUCCACUACAUUCUGAACUCGGAGAGCGGGCCCGUCGACAUCGAGCCGCCGACGUACUACUGGGCUUGGGAUGUCAUCGAUGAGUUCAUCUACCAGUUUAACACCUUCUCCUCCUACCGGUUGCGUAUUGCGCGCCAAGGUGGCCCUGAGGAAGAGGUUCAGAUCCUGCGAGAGAACCCCAACACCUGGGGCUGCUAUAGCGUGCUCAAUGUUCUCUACUCGCUUAUCCAGAAGUCCCAGAUCACCGAGCAGCUGGCUGCUAUGAGGAGGGGUGAAGACCCCAUGGCCGUCGCCGGCCCCUACGGGUCCCGCAACCUCUACCGCAUGCUCGGCUAUUUCUCAAUCAUCGGCCUGCUCCGCGUCCACUGCCUGCUCGGUGACUUUAGCCUGGCUCUGAAGACCCUCGAUGACAUUGAACUGAAUAAGAAGGCUAUGUUCGCUCGUGUUAUGGCGGCCCACUUUACCACCUACUACUACGUGGGCUUCUCCUACAUGAUGAUGCGCCGCUAUGCCGACGCCAUCCGCAUGUUCAGCCACAUUCUGGUCUACGUUUCUCGCACCAAGAACUUCCAGAAAAACUCUCAGUAUGAUUCGAUCAGCAAGAAGAACGAUCAAAUGCUCGCUCUGAUCGCCAUGUGCGUUGCCUUCCACCCGACUCGUCUGGAUGACACCAUCCACACCGCUCUGCGCGAGAAGUACGGUGAGCAGCUGCUGAAGCUGCAGCGCGGUGGUCCCGAGUCGCUCCCUGUUUUCGAGGAGCUCUUCCGCCUGUCUUGCCCCAAGUUUAUUUCUCCUGUUCCUCCGGACUUUGAUCACCCUGAAGCCAACGUCGACCCCAUUGAACACCACCUGUCCAUCUUUAUGGAGGAGGUCAAGACCAAUAUGUGGAGCCCGACUGUCAAGUCGUACCUGAAGCUCUACACAACCAUGGAUCUGAAGAAGCUCGCUGGCUUUCUUGACGUCAAUCCGGAGGAGCUGCGCUCUAUGCUUCUUGUUGGCAAGCAGCGGACCAAGCAGCUGCGCUGGACUGACGGCAGCCUUCUAGAGGGAGAGCUGGUUAAUAUCAGCGACCUUGACUAUGCUCUCCAGGGUGAUAUCAUCCACAUCUCUGAGGCUAAGAUGGGUCGUAAGCUGGUUGACUGGUAUCUCCGCAACCUUGCGCGCACGUACGCAUAG